AUAUAAAAAAAUGAUAUUGUCAUGAGUCUUCUGAAAAUUAAAACCAUUUGACUGAUUACAACACUGGAUCUGUGCUAUCACAUGCAUCAGCUGUUUAUUGGCCGGUGCCUUAUCAUAAUAAAGUUCUGUGAAAGAAAUGCUACUUCAAAGGUAUAUUUUAUCAAAAUGGGCUUUAAAAGCACCAAUCAGAAGUUUUCUUGGGGGAGUCCAAGUACGCCUUAUAAGCAAAAAUGCAGAGGAUACGAAUCCCGACACAAAUCAGCCGACAACCACACAGGAUUCGGCAACAUCUAAUGUACAAAAGCGCUCACAAAUGCAUUUGGUAAAUGCGUUGGAAAAUGAUGUAAACGAACGGCGUGCUAUCGAUCCAAAAGAAACAUCUAUUAUGUUAUUUCCUGGUCAAGGAUCACAGUAUGUUGGAAUGGCGGCGCAACUAAUGCGAUUUCCUUCAGCGCGAUCUAUAUUUGAAUUAGCAAAUGAAGUGUUGGGUUAUGAUUUGCUGAAAGUUUGUCUUGAAGGUCCACGCGAGAAACUUAAUCGCACUGAACAUGCUCAACUAGCUGUGAUGGUUUCCUCUUUGGCCGCAUUGGAACAAUUACGCGAGGAAAGACCUCGUGCUAUUGAGAAUUGUGUAGCAGCAGCAGGGUUUAGUUUAGGCGAGAUUACGGCAUUAGUGUUUGCCGGAGCAUUGCCAUUCGACAAAGCGUUACGUUUAGUACAGGUUCGUGCUAACGCAAUGCAAGCGGCAUGCGAUGCUGUGCCCAGUGGAAUGGCGCUAAUUUUAUACGGUCCUGAUACACAAGUUGGAACUAUUUGCGCACAAGCGCAACAGUGGUGUUUGGAACGUGGUGUAGAAGCUCCAUAUUGCGGCAUAGCAAAUUAUAUGUAUCCACAUUGCAAGGUACUGGCUGGACAUCUGGAUGCUUUGCAAUACAUAGAGGUAAAUGCGAAGGCUCUAAAAAUUAGACGAAUGAAACGUUUACAAGUAAACGGAGCUUUCCAUACGCCUAUUAUGCAAUCUGCCGUUGAACCCUUUGCCAAGGCACUAAAAAAUAUUCUAAUAAAGGAUCCACUUAUUCGAGUAUUUUCAAAUGUAGACGGCAAACCGUACCGAAAUGGGACGCAUAUAUUAAAACAGCUACCAAAACAAAUUGUCAAACCAGUGAAAUGGGAACAAACGAUGCAUUUAAUGUAUGAACGUCGGCAAGGAGUUGAUUUUCCACGAACAUUUGAGUGCGGCCCUGGUAAGGGAUUGAAACAAAUACUCGACAAAGUGAAUGCUAAAGCCGCUAAUACAGCAUUCAAUGUUGAAGCGUAGUAUUUAAAAAAAAAUUGUUAAAAUAUGAGUGAAAUGUUACUUUAUGACAGUUGUUUCUAGUAAAGUGAUUUGUUUGAAAAUAAUAUAUUUUCUUUUCUUAAUUGACUCUGUAAACAAGUGUUCUGCUUUCUAUCACAUAUCAUUUAAAUCAUAACAAUUGCUAAAGCACAAUUACAAUGAUUUCAUACUUGUUUUUUUAAGAAAAGUACGAAGUGAAUCUAUUUGGAAAACCCGUAGCCAAUGCUCAAUUUAAAAUGUCAGUUCUUUAAAUUACUUAACUCUACAAAAGAAAAUCGCAUUUUUUCUACAAAAUGUCUAUUUUCUAGUUUUCAAACCACAAACAAUAUCAUUUUAUAGCAAAAAACUGUUAUAAUUAAUUGGUUUAUUGGAAAACAGCGACACUGUUACAAUAAUUGAACUUUAUUUAUAUUUUAAGCCUUUUAAUUUAUAUAAAUAUUUAAUGAAUAUAGAAAACAAUUCAUUUAACUUUUGUCAUCUCGUGCACGCAUUCUAUGCACGAAAGCGGCACCCUUAUUUUUGCGGAAAUUCUCAAAGGGGUCAUUCAUAUUAAUUCCAACACCCUAAAAAUAUAAACAUGAAUAAUUUCUAAAUAAGUUGCCAAAAAAUAUUUGAAUACCUUAAACAUGUCUUUUCGAUCGCGCACUUCGCCUCCUGAGAUGGGUUGUUCAAUGCCCUGUUGUUUUGAGCCGAGACCAGUACCUGAGCCAGCCCAACCCAUUUUCUUUAGCAUUUGAUGACCCUUAUUUGUUUCUUCGAUAAAUUCAUUGGGUUUCGGGAAAUUACCACCA